AUGGCGGCUGCGUGUCUCCUUCAAGUGGACGAUGGACCUUGCAGAGCAGCAAUUGAGCGCUAUUACUACAACACUUUCACCCAAAAGUGCGAGAUUUUUUACUAUGGAGGCUGCAAAGGGAAUGCCAACAAUUUCAACAGUUAUCAGGAGUGUCAGAAGAGUUGUUUCAGAUUCCCAAAGAUUCCCCAGAUCUGCCGGUACCCUAGAGAUGAGGGACCAUGUCGUGCUCUCUUUCUCAACUACUUCUUCAACAUGACCACAAUGCAGUGUGAGCCAUUUUAUUAUGGUGGCUGCCAAGGGAACCCCAAUCGCUUCAAAGACCACACCUCUUGUGUGGAGUACUGCAGCCCUCGAAAACCUUUGUCUGUGCUCUGCCUGGACCCUCUGGACAAAGGGAAGUGUUCAGCCUCCAUAACACGAUAUUACUACAACAAAGACAAAAAGAUGUGCGAGGAGUUCACCUACACCGGCUGCGGAGGGAGCAGCAACAACUUUGUCUCGAGGCAGGACUGCAUGGACGUGUGUGUUAAAGGUGUGUGA